AUGAAGAUCACAUCGUGGAAUGUCAGAGGCUUAUCUGCCCCUGACAAGAGAUGCUUGGUCAAAAGGUCUUUGACCAAGCUUGAGUCUGAUAUGAUUUUACUCCAGGAAACAAAAUUGAGUGGUGAGAAGGUGUAUGAUUUCAUUAAGUAUUGUUAUAAAUGGGAGGAUCUGUUUCAAGAUGCUAGAGGUGCCUCUGGGGGUCUUGGAAUUUUGUGGAACUCUGAGGCCUUCGAGGUGGUUCCAAUUGCAUCCAAUGAGUUUUGGAUGGCCUGCAACAUAAGAUGUAAAUCAGGAGGUAUUGGUUUUCCUUUGUUUAAUAUUUAUGGGUCGAUUAAGAUUGAUGAAAAACUAAGAGUGUGGUCGGAGAUAUAUGAUCAAUUGCAAUUACUAGAGAUGCACAAAGUAAUCAUGGCUAGGGAUUUCAAUGCAAUUCUUGACAUAGAUGACAAAGAAGGAGGACUUGGAAAGAGCACAAAAGUAAUGGAGGACUUCAGAGAAUUCAUAUCGACAUGUCAAGUGGUGGAUGUCAUUCCCAAAAAUGGCAAGUUCACCUGGACUAACAGAAGACUUAAUUUUUCAAAAAUUUAUGAAAAAUUGGAUCGAUUCUUUGUGGGGGAAUGGUGGAUUGAUGGCAGCUUCUCCAUCCACACUAACAUCAUUCCACAAGUUGGAUCAGAUCAUAUUCCUGUUACAUUGUCCACCAAUCAUGAGUCUCCUAAGAACAAGAAUUAUUUUAAAUUCCAGAGCAUGUGGUGGAGGGAUCCUAAAUUCAUUGAACUUCUUAAGAAUUGGUGGUUGGAGAGAAACACGUAUUCGGGUUCCCCUAGCUUCCGGUUUGUUAAAAGAAUUCAGUAUAUUAAAAACAAAAUGAAACAUUGGAACAAGUUCUCAUUCAAAAAUAUCUUCAUUGAAAGACUCAAAAUUGAAGAGGGAUUGGAAGAUAUCAAUAAUAGAGUCAUGAUAGUGGGGAUGGUCGGGGAAGAUUAUCUAAAAGAAAAAUUACUUAAGGAACAACAUGUGGAGUUGCUCAAUAGAGAAGAAAUCUAUUGGCGGGAUAAGUCACAGGCGUUAUGGAUCGCAGAGGGUGAUCAUAACACAAAAUUCUUUCAUGCCUUUUCAAAGGUCAGAAGAAAUAAGAACAAAAUCACUUCAGUUCUCGAUAAUAAUGGGGCGUUGAGAAUCACUGAGGCUAAAAUUGAGCAAGUUGCACUAGAACACUUAGAGAGAAUUUUGGGAAGCUAUAAUUAG